AGUAGUAGAGAGGCUCAAAAGCUAAGCCGCUCACUCCACCAUAUAUUAAUCCAAAAUGAGCUACUCCACAUAGAAGUAGAAGGCUUAUCAAAGGCUCUACUUUCUAAGAAGAAACACGAGAAGAAAAGCAAGCCCCUAGACCUACAGCAACGCUAG